AUGAAAUCAUUCCAAGCCUUGUAUGGUUAUCUCCCUCCACAUUUUGCUUUCCCUUUCCAUUCUACUACAAUAGUGGCUUCAUUUCAGGAGUACUUGCAAGAGAGAGACCACAUGUUACAACUACUCAAAGAAGACCUACUCAAGGCUCAAGACAUGAUGAAGUUUUAUGCUGAUAACUCUAGAUGUGACAGAUCUUUUAAUCUGGAUGACUGGGUGUUUCUGAAAUUAGAACCAUACAUGCAAUCAUCUGUAGCACUCAGACAGAACCUUAAACUCUCAGCCAGAUAUUAUGGCCCCUUUGAGGUCCUACAAAAGGUUGGUACUGUUGCUUACAGGUUAAAGCUACCCAUUGGGUCCAGAAUACAUCUAGUGUUUCAUGUAUCUCAACUAAAGAAGCAGAUUGGUCAACAUUUGGCUCCUUCUAAUUCUCUUCCUUUGGUGGAUACUUCUGGAGCUUUCAUUGUUCUGCCUGUUGUUGUUCUAGCCCAUAGAGAAAGAUCAAGAGGCGUCAUUGAAGUUCAACAAGUUCUUAUCCAAUGGUCCAAUUCACAGCAUGAAGAUGCAACAUGGGAGGACAUCUCACUCAUCCGUGCUCAAUUUCCUGAGUUUAUCCUUGAGGACAAGGAUGUUUAG